CCGGAGCCGCCAUGCCGCUGCCGGUGCUCUUGCUGCGGGCGGCGGGCGCUUGGACCCGGCUCCGGCCGCCCUCCGUGCCGGGGCGCAGUUUCAGGUAUGGGGGGCGCCUGGGGCUGGCCGUGCCCCCCCGGCCGCCCCCCGCGCCCCCGGCCCCGCGGCGGCUGCUCCUGGUGGGCUCAGCCUCGGGCUGCGUGCUGCUGGGGCUGCUGCGCACGGCCGCGCGCUGCCAGGAGGCCACCACUGUCCCUGCUGUCCCUGCUGUCCCUGCUGUCCCUGCUGUCCCUGCCGCUCCCGAGCCGCCAGAGCCCCCCCCGGAGACCCCCUUUGACUGGCCCCUGUUCUGGACCUUCCUGCGCCCGCAGCUCCUGGCACUCUCGGCUGCUGUCGUGCUGGCACUGGGCGCAGCCCUGCUCAACGUGCGCAUCCCGGUGCUGCUGGGCCAGCUGGUGGACGUGGUGGCGCGGUGUGCCCGCGGCCACGUGGCCACCUACCUGCGGGAGGUGCGGCGCCCAGCCCUGCGCCUCCUCGCCGUCUAUUGCCUGCAGGGCCUGCUGACCUUCGGGUACAUCGCGCUGCUGGCCCGCGUGGGCGAGCGGGUGGCUGGCAACAUGCGCAAGGCUCUCUUCAGCGCCCUGCUCAGGCAGGAGGUGGCCUUCUUUGACGCCACGCGCACGGGGCAGCUGGUGACACGGCUGACGGCUGACAUCCAGGAGUUCAAGUCUUCCUUCAAGCUGGCCGUCUCCCAGGGCCUGCGCAGCGGCACCCAGACCGCCGGCUGCUUCGUGUCGCUGUACCUGCUCUCACCCAAGCUCACGGGGCUGCUGCUCGUGGCGCUGCCGGCGCUCGUGGGUGCCGGUGCCUUCAUCGGCGCCUUCCUGCGCGGCCUGUCCCGCCAGGCUCAGGAGCAGGUGGCCAAGGCCACCGUGGUGGCCGACGAGGCGCUGGGCAACGUGCGGACGGUGCGCGCCUUCGCCAUGGAGGAGCAGCAGGCAGGGCUGUUCCGUGCCGAGGUGGACCGUGCCGGACGCCUGAGCGAGCAGCUGGGACUCGGCAUCGCCGCCUUCCAGGGGCUCUCCAACCUGGCGCUCAACGGCAUCGUCCUGGGAACCAUCUUCGUGGGUGGCUCCCUGAUGGCUGGAGACCAGCUCUCGCCCGGUGACCUCAUGUCCUUCCUGGUGGCCUUGCAGACGGUGCAAAGGUCCUUGGCCAGCAUCUCCAUCCUGAUGGGCCAGGUGGUGCGGGGUCUGAGUGCUGGUGCCCGUGUCCUCGAGCUGCUGAGACUGGAGCCCCUCGUGCCCCUGCAGGGGGGGGCCACCAUCCCUGCCCACUCCCUGCUUGGACACAUCUCCUUCAACCACGUCUCCUUCAGUUACCCCACCCGGCCUGGCUACCCUGUCCUGCAGGACUUCAGCCUCACCCUGCCCCCCUGCCAGACCGUGGCCAUCGUGGGUCCCUCUGGAGGAGGGAAGUCAACGGUGGCAGCGCUGCUGGAGCGGUUCUACGAGCCCACGGCAGGAACCAUCACCCUGGACGGGCACGACAUCGCCGGCCUGGACCCCUCCUGGCUGCGGGGACAGGUCAUCGGCUUCAUCAGCCAGGAGCCGGUGCUGUUUGGCACCACCAUCAUGGAGAACAUCCGCUUCGGGAAGCCAGGAGCCUCUGAUGCCGAGGUGUACGAGGCCGCCCGGCUCGCCGACGCUGACGGCUUCAUCCGCAGCUUCCCCGAGGGCUACAACACCGUCGUGGGCGAGCGCGGCACGGCGCUGUCCGGGGGGCAGAAGCAGCGCAUCGCCAUCGCCCGAGCGCUGCUCAAGGACCCGGCCGUGCUGAUCCUGGACGAGGCCACGAGCGCGCUGGACGCGCAGGCGGAGCUGGCGGUGCAGGCGGCGCUGGAGCGCGCUGCCGCCGGCCGCACCGUGCUGCUCAUCGCGCACCGCCUCAGCACCAUCCGCGGCGCGCACCUCAUCGCCGUGCUGGCCCGCGGCCGCGUGGCCGAGGCGGGGACUCACGAGGAACUGCUGCGGCGGGGGGGUCUCUACGCCGAGCUCAUCCGACGGCAGACGAAGGAGGGGUCCUGAGGGAUCCCCGCGCUGCUCCCCAAUAAAGCGGCGCUGCCAGGCGGACCGGGCUGCGCUCUGUGCGGGGAUUGCGAAGGGUCCUCCGGGCCGCGCGGGGGCGCCCUCGGCUCCGGGAGGGGGCGGGGCGGGGCCGAGGGAGUGACGUAUGCGUGGUGGGCGUGAUUUGAGCGAUGGGCCCCGCCCCCUUCCCUGCCGCGCUGCCCCACGGGGCGGGGGUGUCCCCCGUGUCACCCCUGGUGUCACCCCCAGUGUCACCCCCAGUGUCACCCCUGUGUCACCCCCUGUGUGUCACCCCUGCUCGGUGCCAGCCCCCUGCCGCGGUGCGGGACCCCUGCGUGGCCCUGCUGCGCUGAGCGUUCCCCGUGUGACCCUGGCGUGUCCCGUGUGUCACCGGGGAGCGUGGCACCCCUGUCACUCCGAGUGAGGAAACGCUGCGAGACCCCCAGGGGCUGGAGGGGUGAACCCCUACGUGACCCCGGCAUGGGGGAGCCCCUGUGUGAUUUCUGUCAGGGGGACCCCGAUAUUACCCCCGGGGCAGGGGCCCUCAUGUGUCACCUUCGCAGUGGAGGAACCCCUGGGUGACCUCUGGGGUGGGGAGACCCCCGUGUGAGCCCCGCUGGAACAAGGGGGUCGCCUGUGUCACCCUCCAGGAGCGGAGGGACCCUGUGUGAUCUUCUGGGGUAGGGACCCUCUGCCUGCCCCCGGGACGGGGAGCCCUGGAAUGGGGUUACCCCUUUCUAACGCCACUGGAGGGACUGUCCCCUGUGCUGCCCCCAGGGGAGGGGCCCCUUGUGUCAGCCCCCCAGGCGGGGGGAGCCCCUGUGUGACCCCCGGGGUGAGCCCUGCAUGACUCUCGCGGGCGGGGGUCCCACGGGUCAGCCUCUGGAUGGGAGACCCCUGCGUCACCCCCGGAGUGGGGGGACCCUGCCACAUCCUUCUGGGCUGAAGGCUCCCCUGCAUCCCUCCCGGCGUGGGGGGGACCCCUGUGUGACCCCGGGGU